AUUUACACCACAUCACAGAUGCGAUGCAUUCCUACACCUACAUAUAUAUAUAUAUACAUAUAUAAGGAUAUAUCCAACAUCUAGAGCACUACCCUCACCAACAACUCCUCCAGAAAACUUUUUCUAGCGUUGUAAACCCCACCUACCUUCCGUAUCAACCAGACUAAGAAAGUGGGGUCGAUGGAUUAUCUUGAUCAAUUAACUAAUCAUCGAACCAUGACCUCUAAAGAUUAUCCGAUCGGACUUGCCCUAUCCAAAAGGUCAAUGCUUUCAACCAAUGCUCAGCUCAGACUCAAAGACUCGAAUAAAAUUCAUCAUGACAAUUCCUUCUCACCAACUUUAAUCCACGUUACGUUUCACUGCAUACUAUACUAUUUAAAUGUAAACCAGAGUAUAUAUAUAUAUAUAUAUAUAUCUCCGGUGCGGCUAAAGUGCCCGCAUCUGGCUUUUCUUUCUUUCUUUCUUUCUUUUCGAAUGCCUAUCUGCAAUCAUGACACGUAUAAAAAUAGUGCAUCUACACUCCAGUCCAAUUUCUGAAUAAAAUAAGGAAUAAUAUAUGCAAAAAGAUAUUCAGCUGUGUCCC